AUGCCAUGCCCCGCGAUAUGUAACGUAGCGAGGCCGCCGGCCGGCUCCAGUAGGAAGCCACCGAUUAUCCGUACUCGUCGAGAAGGAAGGAAGUGUACAACCGUCCGGGCUUCGUCUGAUCCGUAUCUCUUUCCUCGGAAGUUGCGAUCCGUUUUGGCCUACUUCCAGACACCUUUUGCUCCCUUUUUCAAAAUACUUCCUACAUUUCUUCCUGCACAUUGCGCGUAA